AUGGCAGUACGUCCUCUUAACUCGAGUCUCAUCUUCGACCGGCGCGUUAUCCUUGGUCUCGCUGCUGCCAUUGUCCUCGCCUUCACGUUCGCCUUCCUCUACUCGCCCGACCUGCGACCCAGCUCCGAAUGGAUACCACCGUUAACAUCGAAGCCUACAGCCCCUCCCUUCUCUGCGCCGUUGAAGAACACCGAAGAUCCGUACAUUGUCGAGCUAGACUACCUGGCCAUUAAGCCCAACACUACAGACAAGGUCCGUUCCUACUGGAACAUUCCCUAUGCUGCAGAUGCUGGAGGCAAGAACCGUUUCCGUGGACCGCAACCCGUGAACAGAACAUAUGGCAUUGGUCGCGCAGAGAAGCCCUUGGUUUGGGAUGGCUCGCUGGGCAUGUGCCCGAGGAUACAGAAGAUCAACCCAGCAGAGAGGAACAGGAAGGACAUUUCAGGGCCCGAUGUCCUGGGUAUCAAGACCCGGUCCACAGAGGAUUGCUUGAGUCUCAAUGUCUUCACGCCAAUCGAUGCUGAGGCCGGCGACGAUCUCCCUGUCUUGGUCAACAUUCCCGGUGGUGGCUUCCAUCUUCCCGGACGCAGCAAUGGAGGCGAAAUGGUCGAGAAGGCUCGUCGUGAAAAAGGCGUAGACGGCAAGCUGGACAAAGGUAUCGUUGUAGUGACCAUGUACUACCGCAACGGCAUUUACGGCUUUCUUUCCGGAAAAGAGAUUGCGCAGGAUGGCGAUUACAAUAACGGAUUGCGCGACCAGAGGGCGGCGUUGGAAUGGGUACAAAAGUACAUUCGUUACUUUGGCGGCAAUCCUGAUCACGUAGUCAUAAUGGGCACCAGUGCGGGCGGCGCAUCAGUCAUGCUCCACCUGACUGCCAACGAGGGCGACAACUACUACAAUGUCCCUGGCACCGGCCGCAAGCGACUCUUCCACGGAGCCAUCGCUCAGUCUCCCGCGAGCCCAACCUUCUUCACACCCGACCAGGCUGAGAAGUUUUGGAACGAGGUUGCAGAUGGACUGAACUGCACAGAUAUUGCUUGCGUUCGCAAUGCCGAGACUGGCGACCUGUAUUACGAAAACUACCCUAUGUCCUUCCCCGGCCGGAAUACUCCACCCCGCUGGAUGUGGGCCCCAACGACCGAGCCCGAAGGCGGCAUGUUCACCCAGCCCGCCCCUGCCGCUAUACUGUCCAACAAAUACGCCAAAGUCCCUACGAUUAUCGGCUUCACCUCCAACGAAGGCUCCGACCAAGUCAAAAAAACGACCGACAAUGAAGGAGAAUUCAAAUCCUACCUCAAGGACCACUACCCUCUGCUUACAGACGAAGAUCUCGAAACACUAAAGAAGACGUACCCCAACGACCGCCACUGGCCCGACAGCGGCAAAUGGUGGGACGCCGUCGCCAAAGCACAAGGCGACAUCCGCUAUAUCUGCCCGACCUACCUCGCCUCCAACGCCAUCUCGCGCUUCAACCCGUCCGACGUCCCCACCUACCAGUACCAAUGGGACGUCAUGUGGGGCGUCGACAUCGAGAACGGCUUUGGCACCAAACACGCCGGCACCGUCGGCCAAGUCAUGGUCCGCCGCCAAAACGAAAUCUCAGACUACUUCAUCUCAUUCAUCAAGUUCCUCGAUCCGAACCGCGAGCACCAGGUUAUUCCCCGCAAGGAUGUCAGCAUUGCCAAGUGGGAACCCCUCGAUGAGACGGGCCGACGCAUGUUUUUUACGAAUAUCAAGGAGGGCGGACAUCGCGGGGAUGGAACGAAUAUGCUGGGCAAGAUGAGGACGGAGAUGAGGGGGAGGGAUGACGAGAGGGAUAGGAAUUGUGGGACUAUCAGGAGUAUGUUUAGGCGGUUGCAGUUUGAAGGAGUUGAUGCGGUUACGCUGGAUUGA